AUGGCUCCGCGACGUAAGCGUGUCUCUACAACCAAGUCUACCGAGACAACGGCUAAAAAAGCGAAACCAGAAGAGAAUGCAGCUAGAAAUUCAGAGGAAGCAAACGAAGGAUCCAAGGAUGGAGCUUACGUGAUCAUCGAACACUGCAAAUCAUGAUCCGUGUUCAAGCGCAAGGCUGCCGAGGUCCACUCGGAGCUGUGCAGGCUUGCGCCAGAACACAAUCUGCAGCUUGUGUUGAACGAGAACGGUAAACCACGCCGGGGAGCUUUCGAGAUUUCCAUCGCAAAGUCGACUGACGGCGAGAAAGUUCUGGUUUGGUCCGGAAUGUCGAAGGGACCACCAAGGAAGGAAAAGUUCCCGGAAGCAAAGAGCAUCCUUGAUGAUGUGCUCAAAGCCUUAAAGUAA